AUGGCAGACGACGAGGAAAACCUGAGCGAAGAGCUCAACAACGAAGAUGCGGAAACUGAGCAGAAGAUCAUCAACGAAGAAUACAAAACAUGGAAGAAGAACGCACCAUUUCUUUAUGAUAUGAUUCUCAGUACGGCCCUGGAUUGGCCAACACUGACCACGCAAUGGAUGCCAGAUGUCCACGAUGUGCCUGGAACCAACUACCUCAAACACCGUCUUCUUAUUGGCACUCACACCUCCCCGGGCCUGCCCAAUUACCUAGAGAUUGCCCAGGUUCAAUUACCCAAGCCGAAGAAACCAGAUGUAAAAGACUACAAUGAAGAGACUGGGGAGAUUGGAGGCUAUGGUGGAGGACCUGCUGGCAAGAACCAGCUGGAAGUCAAGUUCAACAUCAUUCAGAAAAUUGACCACCCGGGCGAAGUCAACAAAGCUCGAUACCAGCCUCAGAACCCGAACCUCAUUGCGACCAUGUGUACGGAUGGACGAGUAAUGGUAUGGGACAAGAGUAAAUUGUCAGGUCGCCCUUCAGGGACGCCGACACCGACAAUUGAGCUUCAUGGACAUGAACGGGAGGGAUACGGCCUCAGUUGGGACCCCCGUCAAGCUGGCCAGCUAGCCACCGCCAGCGAAGACUCCACGGUCAGAUUAUGGGAUAUCACACAAGCAUCGAAAGCCAACAAUGUGUUGAAGGAGUCGCGGAAGUAUACACACCACAACAGUAUCGUCAACGACGUGCAAUACCACCCCAACCUUGGCAACAUGGUGGGCACGGUGUCGGACGAUAUGACGAUGCAGAUCCUCGAUUUGAGACAGUCUGACACCACCAGGUCAGCCUUGAAGUGCGAUAAUGCACACCGGGAUGCCAUCAACGCCAUUGCCUUCAAUUUGGCGGUUGACCAGCUUGUUGCCACAGGCAGUGCCGACAAGACGAUUGCAAUUUGGGACCUGCGGAAUAUUAAUCACAAGCUACAUGUCCUCGAAGGUCAUAAUGAUAGCGUCACGACGCUCGAGUGGCACCCGUUCGAAGAGUCGGUGAUUGCGUCUAGCAGCUAUGACCGAAGGAUCAUGUUCUGGGAUCUGGCCCGAGUUGGCGAGGAGCAAACCCCAGAAGACAGCGAGGAUGGGCCGCCGGAAUUGUUGUUUAUGCAUGGAGGACACACCAACCGAAUCAGUGACUUCUCGUGGAACAAAAACAGUCCAUGGGUAGUUUGCAGUGCCGCCGAUGAUAACCUGAUCCAGGUAUGGAAAGUUGCAGAGGCUAUCGUAGGGCCUGACGACGAGGACGUUCCGAUGAACGAACUGGAGGGUUAG